AUGAACUGGGGGGUUUUCGAAGGCCUCCUGAGUGGGGUGAACAAAUACUCCACAGCCUUUGGACGUAUCUGGCUUUCGGUGGUCUUCAUCUUCCGGCUGCUAGUGUACAUCGUGGCAGCUGAGAAAGUGUGGGGUGAUGACCAGAAGGAGUUUGACUGCAAUACCGAGCAGCCAGGUUGCCCCAACGUCUGCUUCGACCACUUCUUCCCCAUCUACCACAUCCGCCUCUGGGCCCUGCAGCUCAUCCUGGUCACCUGCCCAUCCUUGCUGGUGGUCAUGCAUGUGGCCUACCGAGAAGCCAAAGAGAAAAAAUACAAGGAGAAGUAUGGGGAAAACUGUGGGCGGAUCUUCCCUGACCCAGGCAAGAAGCGCGGGGGCUUGUGGUGGACCUACCUCUUCAGCCUCCUCUUCAAGGCCUUCGUGGACAUUUCGUUCCUCUGUAUCUUCUACCGCAUCUACCCCAACUAUACCCUUCCCGAUGUGGUCAAAUGUUCCCUCCCGCCUUGCCCCAAUGUUGUAGACUGCUACAUCUCAAAGCCAACAGAGAAGAAUAUCUUCACCCUGUUCAUGGUGGUUACCGCCUGCAUUUGUAUCCUGCUCAACGUCCUUGAAGCCUUCUACCUCAUUAGCAAGAGGUUGAAAGAGUGCCUAGAAGCCAGAAAUGAGGACCACAGGGGGCACCACAGUGAGACUCUUAUCCUCAAAACGGACCGGGGCUCCCUGCCCCAAAGCCAGCAGGAUGCCAUCGAAGUUGGCGUGCAGGUUUUCCAUGGGGCAGAUUACAAACCAGCCACAGCCCCGCUCACAACUAGCUCCAUGUGUGGUGAAAAAGAGCUCGCAAAAUAA